AGUUCAUUUAUAAGUGAUCUGUCAUCUUCCGCUGCAACAGGUGAAGGCUGAGGUUCGACUUUCCAACUUCUCCAGACGUCCUCGCACUUCUCCAAAGUCCUGGAAGAGCUCUAAUCAUGGCCGCAAACGUCCAAGAAAACAUUUAUGAACAAAUCGAAGACACGGCAGAAAACAUAUAUGAGAAGCCGUAUGAGACCCUAAACAUCAACACAGAGGCGAAAUAUGAGAAUCAAGGCGUGAGUAAGGAAAUUCAGGAGGAACCGUUGUACAGCACGGUCAAUCAUCCGUCUCCUGAAUACAUGAAUACGAGAAGAACAUCUCAACACAGUUCAUCCUCCAGUGAAGCAGGAGAGCAGCUCGAAAGCGAGAUGCCUAAUGGAGAUGGUUACGAGUCUUCAUCUUCAGAGGAAUCUGGAGACCCUUGUGAUGAUAAGCCCUCACUGGCCAGCGACGACCUGCUCAUGGCUUACAGUCUCCCAGAAGACAGAUCUCCAGAACCCGAGGAGGUAGUUGACUACAGCCUGAAGGACGUGCCAAACAGCCCCGUGGAAGAGACACCUGCAGCUAUCGACCCUAACCAGCCGAAUAUUGCGCUUUAUGUCAAGGCUGGUAGUGAUGGCGAGAGCAUCGGAAACUGUCCGUUCUCCCAACGCCUCUUCAUGAUCCUCUGGCUCAAAGGUGUGGUGUUCAAUGUCACCACUGUCGACCUGAAGAGGAAACCAGCUGAUUUGAACAAUUUGGCUCCAGGCACUCACCCUCCUUUCCUGACCUUCAACGGUGAGGUGAAGACAGACAUUAACAAGAUCGAGGAGUUUCUGGAGGAGGUUUUGGCACCACCAAAGUACCCCAAACUCGCAGCCAGGCACAGGGAGUCAAACACAGCUGGGAAUGACAUAUUUGCAAAGUUCUCAGCUUUCAUAAAAAACACUAAGCCAGAUGCGAAUGAAGGUCUGAAGACUGGUUUGACAAAGGCACUCAAGAAGCUGGAUGACUACCUGAACAGUCCCUUGCCUGAUGAGGUAGAUGCCGACAGCAUGGAGGAGGAAAAGGCCUCCAACCGCAAGUUCCUGGAUGGGAAUGAGCUGACUCUGGCAGACUGCAACCUGCUGCCAAAGCUCCACAUAGUGAAGGUCGUUGCCAAGAAAUAUCGGAACUAUGACAUUCCCACCGAUUUGACAGGUGUGUGGCGUUACCUGAACAGUGCGUAUGCACAAGAAGAGUUCACCAACACCUGUGCCGCCGACAACGAGAUCGAAUUAGCAUAUAAGGAUGUGGCUAAGAGGCUAACUAAGUAAAUAGAUGAACAAAUUUGACACACAUAGACUUGGGUAGAUCUUUUCUUGGGCAAGAGAUGAUGUUUUUCAUAUAAUUCAAAGCUGUUGAUCCCAAACUACAAGCUAGUAGUUUCAUUCAUCCAGGGUCCUGAUAAUCAGUCAAGACUGGUGGUCUAAUAUAAUUAUUAUGCAUAUUCACCAGCUCUUACUCAUCUCAUAUAAACAUUGUCCCAAGCGAGUUGCUAUUGUAUCUCUAUUUAAAGAGACUUCACAUUACUGUUGUCUGUUGUUCUUCCUGUUUUAUUCUAUUUAUCAUAUCAUGCACUGAUUCUUGAGACAUGGAACAAAAUGUUCCUCAACUUUAACUGCAUCAAAAUGAAUUGUCACUAGAGUAUUUACUAGAACACAUCAUCAUUUUUAUAUGAUUCAAAUGAAAGGGUACUGUACAUAUGACAUUAUCACUCACAACAGCUAAAUCACCUUCCGUCAACUUGAGACUUUCUUUAUGAAGAUCUAAAUAUAUAUUAAAUAGGACUGGCAAAUGAUUAAUAACGAUUACUCGCAUACAACAUAAAAGUUUGAGUUUGCCUAAUAUAUGUUUGUGUACUGUGUGUAAUUAUUAUGUAUAUAUAAAAACACACAAAUUAAUAUAUAUAGUUAAGAGAAAUAUGUUAUUUAUGUAAAAAAAUAUUUUUAUUUAUAUUAUAAUAUAAAUUCUAUAAAAAUAAUAAUAAAUACAUAUACUUUUAAAUAUUUCUUAAAUAUAUACAUGAAUGUGUUUGUAUUUAUAUAUACAUAAUAAUUACACACAGUACACACACAUAUAUUAUUCAAACUCAAACUUUUAUUUUGUAUGCGAUUAAUCGCGAUUGUUUGCCAGCCCUAAUAUUAAACUUAUGAAAAAUCAGAAAAAAAAAAUGUAAUUCAGUUAAUAUUUUAAAGCAUACUUUGUGGUUCAAAAUUGGAAAUUAUUAUUACAGUAUAUUUGAAAAUAUUUUAAAAUGAAAUUUAUUCCAGUGAUAGCAAAGUUGAUUUUUCUGAAUUUCCAGUCUUCAGUGUCACAUGAUCCGUCAGAAAUCUUAUAAUAUGCUAAUUUGAUACUUAAGCAACAUUAUUAUUUUCAGUGUUAAAAUACUAGUGCUGAUUAAUAUUAUUGUGGAAACAAUAAUUUUAAUUUAAUUUUGAAUUUUUAAUUUUAAUUUUAAUUUUAAUUUUAAUUUUAAUUUUAUUUUUAAAUUUAAUUUAAUUUAAUUUAAUUUAAUUUAAAGCUUUAUUUGCAAUCUUCAGAUCAGUUUUGAUCAAUGUAAUAUAUUCUUGCUAAAUAAAAGUAUUAAUUUAUUCAAAAAAAGAAAAGAAGGGAAAAAACCUUACGAACUUCAAACUUUCGAACGGAGGUGUAAACUUUUCACUUUUUUUGUUUAACCUAUUUUGUCCCAGUACUCAAGAAUUGGUGCAUUACAUAACCUCGCUAAUUACUUUCAGCUGAAAAAAAGCUUGUUCAAGUAUUUCAAAUCUGUAAGAUUUAUUCACUUUCAUCUCUCCUGUGGUUUUACAAUGUCUGUCAAUAUUGCCUUCCGUUAUGUUUUUAUUAUUAUUUGUGUAUAACGGAUAAAUACAUGUGAGCAGCAGGACAAAGGUUGGUCUGUCCUGGGCAGCUUCAUAAGCAAUCAUAUAUCUAAAAAUGAUUAAGUACAUAAUUAUUUAAUGAGGUGCUAAUUUAACAUGUGCCUUCAUUUAAAGAAAUGCAGUGUGGCAAAUAACAGCAUAUGAAUGCUGUCCAUGAUCAUUUCUACAUGAGUAUCUUGCUCUUUUAAAGCGACUAGCAGACUUUCCGCAAACGGUUUAUAGAAAUUUCUCAAUUCUUCAUUGCCUCAUCAUGUAAUUUCCUUGUAAAGUACAAGUUGUUCAGACUUUCCUCUGUUAUUUCUCACAACUCAUAUCAUUUUGUCUUCUCAUUUCAUUUUGGCUUAUCUCAAAGUGUUUAACAUCAAUCAGCGCUGGAUAUAUCAUACUUAAAUAUUUAUUCACAACCCCGUUUAUGGGAAAUUAACGAGCUGAGAUGGAAAGGAGAUUCACGGCACGCAGCGGUCCAGCGAAAUGGAGAAUAAGGAUCUGAUCGGGCUUCUGUCCAGGUCUCCUCCUCUCCACUUAGUACUGCUGGAAUAUCACAGGGCCCAUGAUAGGUCCUUGUGGAGCUCCUGCUCUUGUGUGGUUUGGACAAGCGUUUGAUAUGAAAUGAGAGUGUGGCGCCAGAGAGGCCUAUUCCGAGUGAAGCUCUAUGAAUAAAAUAAUAUUUUCACAGUU